AUGGCUCUACGAAAUCCCACAGACACAUGGCCGCUGGGCCUGCGUUUUAUCAUGACUAUUAAGCCUCAGGAUGAGCAAGCUCCGCCACCUGUAGACGGCUUUAUCAUGUAUCCUCGCCACGGCUAUACUUCCGGCUCAUCGCCCACCUCGUCUUCUUUCUUCUUUGCUAUCAAUGGUACCGAACUUAUCCACAAGUACUCGCCCGGAUGGUUUACCAUCUUAGGAUAUUUUGAGGUUGAGCAUACCUGCAUUGACGUUCAACCGGGGCUUGGGAUAAGAGAAUAUUCAUAUUUCUCAGAUCCCUUUAAAGUCAACUUCGCUGUCUCUGAUGGAGCGCCGCUCCCUGAUAUCGAGGCAGCUGUUAAUCUCUGCCCUAAUCACACUGCUUGGUUAAAGCCCUAUGGCGUCCAAAAGUAUACAAACUGUUUUUUACGGAAUAUCACUGCAGACCUCCCACCAGUAUCAGACCCUUGUCUCGUGAAGCCGUUUGCAAACGAGCUGGCUGCUGAUGUCUCUAGAACGAUGCUAGACUUGAUGGGUUGCCCUGAUGGGGACUGGCGGACUAUCAAAGAGCCUUGCCCCCCGAUGGAAACAAAGAGGAGCGGCGUGCCAAGGAAGGAACCAGGGCUAGUAUCGUUGCUCGCAGCAGCGGUCAUAUCGGCGUGGGUGGUUUUGUGA